AAAUUACAGAUUAUUUUCUGUUAUUUUAUAAAUGUCAUAAAAAAAUAUUCUGUCAGUUACUUUUAUUAACUUGAACCCAAUUCAGUACUUCCUUAUUUGCUUAAAUGCAACAUCAUUUAUUCGUUGAUCCUUUAGAAAUAAAAAGAGCAACACAUUAUCCGAAGCAGCAAGACUUGGAUUAUAGCAUAAAUACCCAAGUUGGUAACUGGUUUGAAGAACGCUUAACAUACAAAAAGAACACCUUCAAGCACUCGUCCACUAAUUCCAACUACUUUAACCCAAAACCAUAUUCGAGAGUUCCACCUGACUUUAUUUGGUCGGAAAAAAUCAAAGCUGAAGGUGUAGAUCCUAUAGUGCAUAGUAAAUAUGGAUGCUUGGACUACCCAAAUUUCUUUGAGAACUUCUCUUCAACUUAUGACUUAUCUUACAAUCACUAUCCGCAAUGGUAUAAAAACAGAGGCAUUAUUGAGAGAAAGUUGAGGUUUCGAACACUGCAAUAUGAACCUCUAGAUGACUAUAUCGACAGUUUCGAUAACAUAACAAGACGAGGAUUCGUGGAGAAGAAGAAAGAAGACUGGUGUUAUGACAAAUGGGGUCCGUUCUUUCCUAAAAAAUCACACAAUCAGGAAGUAUACAAACCGCCAUCCCAAAACGAUUACAAAUUCGUUCGUCAUGCACCUCCCAAGUGCAAUUCUAGUCGAUUUUACUAUGCGAAUAUUAAUGCAGAUGGACAAAGAUGGAGAGAUGGUGUGCCUGCCUACUCCGUUGUGCCCAAUUUUGAUAUGGUGCAGGUUCCGCAGGAACCAAGAUGCGAUCCCAUUACCUGGGAGUGUCCUAAAACUAAAUAAUUUUCAGUCGAAUGAAUCUAGAAAAUAUAAUUUAUUUUUAUGAAUAUACAA